CACCCAUUUCUCUCACGCUUGCCGCAGCGUAGGACGGAUUCUCUCGCCCCUAAACCUCGCCUCUGCUCAACCUUUCCGCUUCAUAGUGAGUGGAUCUCAAGCUGGCCUACUCAUCCUUUCCUCGCAGUGAGUGUGUUUUCAAUUUUUAAAGUCCCCAUCUCAUUGCUCUCAUCGUUGUCGCCGCUCACCACUUUGAAGUCAUUGCCACUGCUGCUUAGAUUGAACUGUGGGAAGUUGCUGAUAUAAGGAAGUCAUUAAGAUAGAGAUUCAGUAAUUCCCCCAAUUCGAAUCCCUAAAAAUGGCCACUGCCCCCAUUCGCUCUGCUGUCUGUACAGGGCGCCGCUUCUUCUCUUAUAUUGCCAACAGCAGCCAUAACAAUACCCAUAAAAACACGCAUAAAUUCUUGGAGCAUAACUCCUUCAUUGGUAGCUGGAAAGCGCCAAAGAACCCAAAAGAGGCGGAGGCGAAACUAACACGAUUGAGGAGGGUUUAUGCGAAGCAAGUGAAGGAGGUGCGGAAGGAGUACAUAGGGGAAAUGGAGUUGAUGCGCAUCGAGAAGCAGAGGCAGGACGAAGCUAGGAAAGACGCCAUAAGGGUUGCAAAUGAAGAGCGCAAGAAGUUAAAAGCUGAGGUUGCUAAAGCUAGAGCUGAGGAGCGCAAGAUUGCUGAAGAGGAAUUCUGUCAAAUGCUGUUGAAAGAAAGAAAGGAGAAGCUUGAAUACUGGAGGAUGGUACAGCAAAAACUGGGAGAGAAAAAGAAAGAGAAAAAUGAACUCUUGCGAAAACAAAGUUCCUUGUGGAUUGAUGAAGGUCAAUUGAAGGAGAGGAUACAAGAAGCCAUGAUUGAUACCAAACUGUUUUGAGUUCCUUUCAGUUUCAGAUUUUGAAUCUGUCCUUGACAAAAUGGAAAUUGAAACUUAAGACUCAGUUUAGAAAUAAGCAGGGCUUGGUCCAUCCUUAUGAAGAUUUUGGAGUACAAGAGCAACUCUAGUGUCUUUUGGGAGUAGUCUAUGUUUCUGAAUUGUUGAGUUGAUGUUUUUGUCCUGAUAUUAACAAUCUUUACUAUCCAUUUACAAGUCCAUUGUAGUGAAUGGUAAAGUUAAAAUGUACAAAUAUUUAUAAUAA